GACGACAACGAGAACGCCAUCUCCCCGAACCAGAGCUUGACGACAGCAGAGAUUCGAGGACAGUCACAAUGGCCAAUACCAGACUUCAAUACCGACGGCGAAACCCGUACAACACACGGUCAAACAAAGUUCGCAUCAUUAAGACCCCGGGCGGCAACCUUCGAUACCUCCACAUCAAGAAGAAGGGAACGGCGCCAAAAUGCGGUGACUGUGGUAUCAAACUCCCAGGCAUUCCCGCCCUCCGACCCCGUGAAUAUUCCCAGAUCUCCCGCCCCAAGAAGUCCGUGUCCCGUGCUUAUGGCGGUUCCCGCUGCGGUGGUUGUGUCAAAGACCGGAUCGUCCGAGCCUUCCUUAUCGAGGAACAGAAGAUCGUCAAGAAGGUGCUGAAAGAAUCACAAGAGAAGGCUGCUGCUUCAUCGAAGAAGCGUUAAUCUGUUGGAAGUGGGAUGUUGCUGUGGAUAUUGUUCGAUUGUUCUGGCGUUUCGAGGGACGAAGAUGAGGGAAAACCACGACACACGGAAGGGUCAAUCAUGGCAGUGAUAUUUUCUUGUUGCUUUUGUGCCAGCGAUAUGACCAUACUCCAGUCAAUGAUGGUUUUGACUUUGCUUGUUUCUGGAAUACCCCCAGGUUUCCUACGAGAUAGAAGCGCAGGCAAAUUUUCAAUCCAUCACAUUUACACUCAAAAAUGAAUUUAACGUCAUUUCUUAAUAUGUUUCAACUUCUAUUUUCGAUGGCACUAGACAUUUCCCUUGGCUAUAUCCCUCUCCAACAAUAUUCAUAUUCUUGGCUCACUUUUUCCUGGCAGCCUGUUUGGCUCUAUUUGCCUUACAUGCCCAGCAUAUAUCCUCCAUGACUAGUCAAUGGAUUUGGAUUACCUAACAACCGCC